GGAAAGGUUGGACGAUGUUUGAAGAACGAUGUUACCAGAAGUUUCCCUCGCCGCUCGUCUGGUGGGCUGCGGAGAGGUACUGCCAAGCCCUGGGCGGUCAUCUUGCUGCCGUCAACACGCCACAGGAAAACGUCUUCCUCCGAGACAACAUCGGGAAUGGAUGGAUAGGGAUGAAGCUUGGUGCUGUCUUGAUCAAGAAAGAGAGACAGAAAAUUGCCAACUUUACUUGGAGCGACGGAAGUCUGGCAGGUGACGCCUUCAAGCUCCAGGAACGGGACAUUCCGUUGGAUGCUUUCCAGGAAUAUAUAUUGAGGCUUAAUGAUCCGUUUUGUGCCUUCUUAGAGAACCACGGUCCCUGGAGUCUUCAACCUUGCAGCCUGAUAGAGAAAGAAUUUAUCUGCGAGAAAGAUCCAUCAGCAUACCGCGGUGAUGGCUGUGAAACUGUCGCUGACCACAUCUAUACUGACUCAGCAGAGGCUGGCAAAGAUGAGCUGGAUGUGUACAUUCCAGACAUGACAGUGUGCGACGAUUGCAUGGCCAGGGAAACGUCCUGUGGGUAUAUCGUUUGUGGCAACCCUGACCAAUACCGCUGUGGGCUGAUCUACUCCCCCGGAUACCCACACGCCUUCCCUUCUUCAGUCAUCUGCCUGUGGACCAUCGAAGGUCCUCCUGGAAGCUACGUCACGCUUGUGCUGCUGGACGUAGAUUUGCCCUGCGGCAGCCGCGUGCUGCAGGUCAGGGACAGGUUCCUGACGGUAGGGUGGAACACGAUCCACGGGCUGUGUCGCGGCGAGGGCGAACAGAAGCGUUAUGUGUCGAGUUCCAAUGACAUGCAGAUGGCCAUGCUAGCGACGAGUCACAAUGCUGAUUUUGGCGACAGUCGCGGGUUUAUGGCAACGUUCAACGUCAGUACUUUCAGCCCUAGCCGACAGGUACAGAACCUACCUGAUGAUGCAGGUAAGCAUAACAGACUCUUACAAAGUUAGUGGCGUCGUGUUGUGUCGCCUAGCGUGACGGUGGUG